AUGUCGCACUCUUACCCGAAUCCUUACAGUGUCCCAAGACCCGGACAGCAAUCUCCGUUACUGGGAACUCCAUCAUUUUACCGACCGCGACCUCAGCAACACAGAGCGAAUUCCUCUAUGUCCAGAACUCAUCACCAUAAUGCAAGUAUAACGUCAAACCCCUCGCAAGGAACGCAGGACGUGGGAAGCGAACCGGAUUUGUGGCCAGUGAAUGCCCAUUUCGAUCUCCCAGCGGUGUCGAGCCCCGGGUCCUUGCAACCUUCCUCUGACAUUUACAACCUUGACGAAGACACUUCCUACCGCGAGUCCUCCUUUGACGAUUUCUUGACGACGGAAGGAUCUUCUGAAAACCAUCUGAGCAACCAUACUACACCGCAAGAACAGAUUUGGGAGCAGCAAUUCUUGUCUCAGGACGCCGUACAACCACAUAAAGUUGACUCUUACGGAGCGAACAAUUUCGAGGCUGUACAAGGAGUUUCUCGGAGCUCAGAUCUGCAGAGUUAUUUCCAACACACCGAAGAGCCGCUGCCGAGAUUCGUCUCUGGGGAAGAGCUAAGAAGUUCCAAAAAUUCCUCAAGUGGAUCACCUCUUCCUCGUCCUCCGCGCACUCAAAUUGUGGACCAGCAACAAAAUCAAUCAAUGGACUGCUCGAGCACUCCCCAUAGAAGAGGAAUCUCUCAAACCCUCAAAGUGGAUACGACCUCAAACCACACCCCUUCUCCCAACAACAAAGUGGACUCCUGGCAACGCACCUCAGGCAUACGGGCACCAAGUCCCGUAGUCAUGAUAUCCGACUAUGAAACUUCUGGCGUGAAGUCUGAGACUCAACAGAACCUCAUACCUACAUCUGCCAAGCGUGGUCGUGAGAGCGAAUCUUCUGACGAUGACGAUGACGAUGACGAUGACGAAGCUGGUUCUGACGGAGCAGGAUCAAGGGGUAUUGACGUGUCUCCAUCUCGUCUGAUGCCUCCAGACGCCAAUAAUACAGAUAAUCUACGUGCAACGCCAUCGCAGCGCCGUGGGUUUGAACCGCAGUCGAGGAACAAUGAAACGGUGACUUCGGCGAAGGAACUUGAAGAACAGCGCAAGCUCGAGGAAAGAAACGCCGAUGUUCAGGAAUGGCUUGCCACGAGCGAAGCCAGCAAUGCACCCGAAGACGGAUCUGGAGCGAAGGCCUCGCACCCGACAUCUCAAGGGGCAAGACGGCGAGCUCACACCACCGAGGGCCGACUAGACGCCCUUGGCCCCGUAUACUCAGACCAGCAUAUCCCCGGUCCCGGCGCUCUCGUCGAUGAGGAAUCAGACGACGAGUAUUUUGACGAAGUGUCGGUACACUCGUCAGUGAUUCAAGAGCUCACGGAGCAGACCAUCGAGCACUAUCGAGUAGAUGGUCCACCACUUUCACCACAUACUCUCGCCCACCGCACAUCGACUGAUGACUCCGCAUUCCCUCCUCUUGAAGAUCAAACGCCAGGGGAACUGGAGCCGCUGCCUACCCAGUUCAUAAGGCGAGGCCCAUGGCAAGAUGCUGUUCGAGGUCCUGUUGUCAGCACAAGAGGUCAACCCGAUACAUCAAACGCAGCCGCCUACAAGUAUAACGAAGAAGCAGCAAAGUGGGAGACUGCCUCUAGGGCUGCGACCUGGGGAACCCGACGCCGCCUCAGCGAGAGCGAAAUCAAUUCAAUCGUCGAAGGCAGCCAGAUCCGGCAUCUGUCGCUUUCGAAAAGAGGUCGGGAACGAACAAGCAGCCUCUUCAACAAGGCUCGGGGCAUAUUCCCCCGGCGUAGUAGUAGUAACAUAAAAGAAGAGCCCACGGCAGAAGACAAUGAGGCAGUACCCCGAGGACAUUCUCAUCGAAGCUCUGUUGGAAGCAUCAAACCGCAGAGGAUGCCGAGUUUUGGCAAGCCCAAGUCUCCUCCUUUGAAUACGGGCAGUGCCUUGCUUGCGAUGACUGGCCAGCUUGCAGCCGUUGGGCGUGGGAACUCGGUGGCACAGGAUCUCGAGACCUCCAAGUCGACACGACCCUUGCAGACACUCAAGAAGCAGCGCAGCAAGAGUGACGUGACCAAGAAUGCAAAGUCGUCCCAACCAGGACUGGCUGAUUUACUGACAAAGCACGGAGGACCGCCCAUUCCGACUCUCGCGUCCCCGAUGCAUGAGCGCGAACCCAUCCUGGCCGCGCAGGUUAUCGACAAUGAAGACGCUCCUGCGGACGACGAAGAGGACGAGACAGAUGAGGUGGCUAUCAAGAUGGAUCUUGAGAUCCGCGUCGAGGACAUCAGGCCGACCAUCGAAGGAUUCAGAGAUCAUGCACGAAAACUCAAUCCUAGGCUGGAGCCAUAUCUGCUUGAACGCAUUGGGCAAGAACAGAUUCGACGCUACAAGAAACUUGUCGAGAACAAGAUCAAACACACUCGAUAUGUCCAAGUUGCGCAAAGGUGUGCAUCGGGCAAGUUUUGCUUUGAUCUGGGUGGUCAGGCGACACCUCUCGCGCCACGGGUCAGCUCCAAGGAUCCAGACACGACACUGACGCAAUUUCAGAUCAGUAACCCUGCGGAUGAUGAGGUGGACGAGUCUGGGUUCACCGAUGGGGUUGUCACACCGGCACUUUUUCCUCUAGGGAUUCCAUUGCCGCCAGUUCCACGACUCCCGGCCGAGUUUGAGUGUAAUCUCUGCUUCAAGGUCAAGAAGUUUCAUAAACCGUCCGACUGGACCAAGCACGUGCAUGAGGACAUCCAGCCGUUCUCCUGCACCUUUCCCAAUUGCACCGAAUCGAAGUCAUUCAAGCGCAAGGCAGACUGGGUACGUCACGAGAAUGAGCGGCACCGGCACUUGGAGUGGUGGCAGUGUUCGAUUCAGGAAUGCAAUCACGUUUGCUACCGCAAAGACAAUUUUGUCCAGCAUCUAGUGCGAGAGCAUAAAAUGACCGAACCCAAGGUCAAGCGGGGUUCCGGGAGCAGCAAGAACAAGGCGAUCAAUAACGGCUUUCAAGAGGAUAGUGACGUGUGGCGGAUGGUGGACGAGUGUCGCUUCCAGACAGACAAAAACGCCCGCGACGAAGCUUGUCGCUUCUGUGGCAACCAUUGUUCGACAUUCAAGAAGUUGUCGGUGCAUAUGGGCAGGCACAUGGAGCAGAUCGCGCUGCCGGUCCUGCAGCUGGUGAGCAUGACAGAAGUCUCGCCUGACACCAUCGUGAGCCCGAUUGAUCAACCGCCCAUGAUGGGGUCGUCCUUUGGCACCAUUCCCGGAACGAUGAACAAUGUGGAUGGGAGCAAUCUCUCACCGUAUCCUGUCAGUGCAACAUCGGCCUACCAGACCUCGUCGGCGGGACAGUCACCGGCUUCCCUGCAUGUACAUCCCCAAAAUGGAGGGUUUCCGCUCGACCAGGGAUACUAUAGCCCGCAUGCGUUGACACCGACAACCCAAGGGCAGGUGAUGACGGGUGGCUAUGGAGCUACGGCGAACUAUGUUCAUCAGUCACCCGUCUUCAUGGGACCAGGUCAGAUGCAAGCAUCGCAUCAACACAGCCUGUCGCCGCAGAAUGCGAUGGCGGCACCCCGGUCUCAACCCAUGGGUCCAGGGUAUGAUAACUCGUUCUACGACUCAACAGGGGCGAUGUACACGCAAGCAUCGAUGCAAAACAUGUAUGUGAGCGCGCACUCGCAUCCGCAACCGAUAUCGGGGUAUAGCAUGGGGCAAUAUGCCUCAUCGAUGCUACCAAGUCAAACACGAGGAGGACAUGCGAGUCCAAUGGAAUUUGAUGGUCGAGCAGGGCUGGGCCUACAGACGGGGUUGAACGCACACACGGCUCCCUCGUAUGUGUAUGGGGCUCCAGGAGCAGGGGAGACAAGUGCGGACAUGCAUUUUGCAUGA